CGAGCAUAGCAAAGACAUCACAACACUAAAGAAAUACUAGGGGAAGAAAAAUGUCGUCCGAAUGUCAUGGGAAGAACGCAUGGCCGGAGCUUGUGGGAACAAAUGGAGAAUAUGCCGCUUCGGUAAUAGAAAAAGAGAACACGAGUGUCGAUGCAGUCGUGAUUUUGGAUGGAAUUCCGGUGACUGCUGACUUCAGGUGCGACCGGGUCAGGGUUAGGGUUGAUAGAAACGGUAUCGUCGUCAAAGUCCCUACCAUCGGCUAGACUAGCUUAUGGACCACAUGAUCACUUUGUGUCGUAUAAUAUGAAUAAAAUAAACUACACAUAUCUACAGUACUACUGCAUGGUUGGUUCAUUGGUUCGUCAUGAUGUAAGUUAUCGUUUGCGCGCGUGAAUAAUUUCGGGUUUAUAUAUAUAUAUAUAUAUAUAUAUGUCCAAUGUUAUAAGUAGAAUGUAUGUAUAACGUUAUGAUUGCAAGUGAAUAAAAUCAAUGGAAUUAGUACUUAUAAGA